AUGGGAGUCCGGUCGCUGUGGAAGAUCCUCAAACCCUCUGCAGAGAAAGUCACACCGUCUGGAGUAAAGCUUGCCGUGGACACAAGCAUCUGGAUAUGCCAGUACGGACAUUUGAGGAGCGACGAUAUUGUGUACUUUUUUUCCAAAAGAAUCGUCAAGCUGCUGUACCACAGGAUCCACCCCAUCUUUGUUUUCGACGGAAAAGCUCCGGAGAUGAAGCGCCAUGCAAUCUUGCAGAGAAGAAGACGGGGUAACAGGACUUCUAUAAACAAAAUAGACAAAAACCUUAGAUGUUUGGAUGCCUCCGAAAAACCACACGGUGAGCAGGGCUCUGUUACAUUUGGAGACGGAAGAUACAACUGGGGGGACUUUUUUGAAUCUGACGAGGACUCAUAUCUAUCUGAGGCAACAAGCUCUGACGAGGAUGUUCCUUCCGAUGGGCCAGAAGACCAACAGGAUAGCCUGGGGUCAAGGAUAAGUUUUGACUUUGUUGAGUCCAAGGAUUUGUCCAGAACUCAAAAGCUCAGAAGGCUGGUUGAUUUGAGAGGACGAAGAAAGGAAAUAAGAACAAGAUGCAGCUCCAAUGAUCCGGAUGUUUUCUCGCGCCUGCAGAUAAAGAAUCUGAGGAUGCGGAAUCUCAUCAGUCAUAACAUAAAAUCGCUGGAGAAAGGAGGAUACAGAAGGGUUCUGGGGGAUUGUAGGGCUUCAUACAGGCUCACGAAGGCAUCGGAUGAAGCAGACAGCAAUCCAAAUGUGAUGAGCAAGCCUGAAAACAAGGAAUCUUUUUUGACGCUUGAGUCUGAUGCGGAUCUCGACACUCCCAAAGAGCGUGACGGAAUCUACACUCGGAACAGCCUAUGCUCGGAACAUCUUGAAUCUUAUCCAAUACUUAGAGGGCUGGUUGAUAAAUAUAGAAGUCUGGAUGAAGUAUCGGCAGAAGGCGACGAACCCACUGAAGCGGCGAGGGAUGUUGAGUCUAAGGACGUUACACCUGUAACAUCUCCAAAAGAGAAGAUGAUGGGAGGGUUCUUUAUCCUGGAUGAAGAUUCGGGAUACUCGGAUGAAGCAUCCAUAGAGUACGAGGAAAGAGGUAGCGACUCUCUUUACAGAAGCAGAAAGAUCUCUUCGGAUGUGGGACAAGAAAGCCGUGAGAUUUCCAGGGUCCUGGGACUGGUGAAGAGUGUCCUGGAGGUAUUUAACAUCCCCUAUGUGGAUGCGCCCAUGGAGGCUGACGGGCAAUGCGGGUUUAUGUGCCAUAACAAUGUUGUGGACGGAGUAAUAACCGAAGACAACGAUGUCUUGCUAUAUGGAGGAACAGUCUACAGAAACUUCUUCAGAAAAGACAGAGAGAUAGAGAAGUACAGCCUGGAUCGAAUUGAAAGAGAGCUUCAGCUUGAUAGAAAGAACUUAAUAACACUUUCUUAUCUGCUGGGAAGUGACUACACAGACGGGGUCAAGGGAAUAGGCCCUGUUAAGGCUCUUGAGGCAAUCAGAAAAGGAUCUGUAGGGGAAGAGGAAACAAGCAUGCUGUUAGAAUUGUACCUGAAUCCCGUUGCCGUAGAUGUGAUGGACAUUCCGGAGCCGGUAGUCAAUAAAGACAGCAUAAGGGAGUUCUAUGAGAAGAACGGACUGAGCAGAUGGAGGAUGGAUGGGAUUCUAUUUUUUCUCGAAAGGAUGAGGCUUGGAUAG